AAGUGGAUAUGACAGAAGCACCGCUGAAUACAGUCAUCAGAUAAAUUAUGUGCAUGAAACAGAGGAUGAAGAAAUGCUUAUUAGAUGUCUUCAAUACAUUAUGGCGAUGAAGGACGCUGGAGUCAAGAGGCUUAAGAAAAGCUGUAUGUGGCCAUGAAUUAAAAUGGACAAGCAGGUCAAGAAGAUGCCAACCUGUAAACCAGAAGAUAUGUACUGGAUAGAGGGAUCUCAGAGAGAAAAUGGACUGGGACACUUCUAUAUACUGAAACAAGAACUAGGAAGUGGAGCGACCUCUACAGUUUUUAAAUGUGAGGAAAAAGGAACACAAAAGUCGUAUGCUGCAAAAACAAUGAAAAAGACAAUUGAUAAAAAAAUUGUAAGAACUGAAAUUGGAGCGUUGCUUCGCCUGUCACACCCGAAUAUUAUUAAACUGAAAGAGAUCUUUGAGACCCCAUCUCAGAUUAUCCUGAUUUUAGAACUGGUAACGGGAGGAGAGUUGUUUGACAGGAUAGUUGAGCGGGGGUAUUACAGUGAAAGAGAUGCAGCCUGUGUUGUGCAACAGAUCCUGGAAGCAGUCACUUAUUUGCAUGCAAAUGGAGUUGUUCACCGUGACCUCAAGCCAGAGAAUCUCCUCUAUGCAGAUAUGUCUCCAAAUUCCCUUCUUAAAAUUGCUGACUUUGGCUUGUCUAAAAUUAUUGAUGACCAGACAGCUAUGAAGACUGCAUGUGGAACACCAGGCUACUGUGCACCGGAAAUUCUUCGUGGCUCUCCAUAUGGUCCAGAAGUUGACUUGUGGUCUAUUGGUGUAAUUACAUACAUUCUACUAUGUGGGUUUGAACCAUUCUUUGAUGCACGAGGAGAUCAGUACAUGUACAGCAGAAUCCUGACUUGUGACUUUAAAUUCUUGUCGCCCUGGUGGGAUGAAAUUUCAUUGAAUGCCAAGGACUUGGUCCAGAAGUUGAUAGUGUUAGAUCCAAGGAAAAGGUUAACAACUUCACAAGCUCUACAGCACCCAUGGGUAACAGGAAGGGCUGCUAAGCUUUUCCAUAUGGAUCGCACACAAAGGAAACUUCAAGAAUUUAAUGCCAAGCGCAAACUUAAGGCAGCAAUGAAAGCUGUAGUAGCAUCAAGCCGUUUGGGGAAUAAUCAUAGUCAUUCUGAUAAACCCGAAGAUAUGCAAAACAAAGAAGAUCGAAAAAUGUGUAAUAUUUUAGAUGCUGAGGAUGGAGGCGAGCAAAAUAAAUCAGAGGGUCCCUUACAAGGCCCUGUAAGGCAGAAGCACACACUGAGUGCAGAUGUGGCAUACAAUGAGACAACCAGAUGACUUGUCUAACAAAUAAAAUCCAAACUGGUAAUGAUUUUACAGUAUGAACAACAUGGCUUUGGAUGGAAUUCAGAAACAUUUUCUAUAGGUGUUGAAGUAAACAGAUUUGUUGAUGCAAGAUCAGCUAUGCAUGCACAUAUUUAAAAAAAAAAUACAAAAAACA